AUGGCUACGGACUGACAAAAACCACGCGUUCCUCAGAAUUAUCGCAAAAUCUUUUUGUUCAUUUCAAAUUCCUAUGAAUAUUCCUCCUUAUAUACAAUCGUGGUACUACAGCAGAAGCAAUAGCGGUGCCAUUUCUGUUUUAUCAAAAUGGAUUUUGCCAAAAAUAUACUGCACAAGUACGGCUGGAGGGAAGGCGACGGAUUGGGCAAAAACUCCGAUGGUAUUGUGAAACCGAUCAAGGCCAGUUUCAAAUUCAAUAGUUCCGGCCUUGGUUCGGACCAGGCCAAAGACCUCACCAACAACUGGUGGGAUCGAGUGUUCAACGAGGCAGCCAACAAUAUCGAGGUCGGUCCGUCGGGCAAAAUCUCCCAAAAAGAGAAAGAUGCCGUGGAGAUCUCCAACAAAAGCUACUCGGUCAAGAAGCUGAAACAGAAAACGGUCGAUGGGAAGGCCAACUACGGUGGUUUCCUCAAGGCGUCCACUUUGUUGACGAAUGUCGGCCGAGAGGAAGACAUCGAAGGCCAUGUGCAUACCGAAGACAUCGAGUUUAAGCCGGCAAGGGUUCUAACGGACGAGGAACUGUUUGCGGCUUGUGGAGGCCGGACUGCGCACAAAGGAGCGCGCCAUGGAUUAAACCUAACCGGGAAGUUGGCUCGCAUCGAAGCACAGAACACCAAACUCCUGCAAGAGCUGGAGUCCAAAUCGUUCGAGAAAGUCAUCAAAAGCAACGACUGGCAGCAGGUGCAAAAACGUAAAAAAUCUAAGAAGAAAAAGCGCAACGAGGAACGGUGGAUAGAAACACAUCAAGAAGAGGAGGAAGAUAAUCUGAAAGAUAUGAUCCACAAUGCCAAUUACGUGGUGAAAAAGAACAAAAAGAAGGCUAAAGAGGAGCAUCGGAUGGAAAGCGAGCUGGUGGAUGAGCUAAGCGAGUCGAUGGGAUUGUUUGAUGCUUUGCCAGAGGACGAUGGCCAUGAACCAGAUCCCGGGCCAAGCAUUGAAGAAGAGUUGGAUGUUCUGAGCGAAAAGAUUCGAAAACUUGAUCACAAUUCGGUGGUCAUAAAACGGAAAGAUAAGAAAAAGAAGAAGAAAAGGGGAAAAGCCCAUGAAGACGAUGAGCAAGACCAAUCGAUGGAUCCGUCGGCGAAGUACAGGAAGGACUACAAAAAGGAACAAAAACUCAACAAUGAGCUGCUGCGCCAAAUGGUGAGCCACGAAGUGCCACCGGAAAAACCCAAAAAGCCUAAGAAGCUAUUGAAAUCAGACUCGGAAGCGUCGGACAGCGAGGAGGACGUGGUCGCGCGGAUUCAGGCCGAUCGGGAAAAGAUGCACUCCAAGAUCCCGACCAUCAAGGUUAGUGAGCUGACGGAGGAGGACCAGCAGACGGUGGCGGAGAAGUUCAAGGAGAAGCACUGGAACGGGGUCAAGCGCGUGGGGCGCCACAAGGCGCAGAGAAGGAAGAGCAAGAAAAAGGCCCGACAGUUGUCCAAGCUGGCCGACUGUUUGGAGAAACUGUAACUGGUGCUUCCGGAUCGGGCAUGAAGGGAGAUUCAAAUAAGCAAUUGUAACUAGCCUUUUAGUUCGCUGAGGAGAUUCUAAGAUCUUUGAAAUUUUGAAUUCGUGUCGUCGAGUUAAUGUUCGCUUUUGCUAAAAUUGUAUAAUUUAAUGAAUUCAAUAAAUACUAUUGAAAUAAUUUAAAGUUAA